GGCUUCAGUUUGUCUUUUGUUUUUAUUGUAUCAACUCAGAGCGAAAAUGCACUGGACAAUUUUCUACUUCUGCGUACCUGUAUUGUGCUGUGCUGCCGUGAAUAUGAAGGCUUUGACGGAGUCUAUGGGACAGGAAGUUAUAGAAAUGGAUGCACCUAUUAAAGAAUUACCACCAGAAAUAGAAGAAGAACCUUCAGCAGAGAACGAGGCAGAUGUGAAAUCUGCAACAACAAUAUCUACAACUAAAAGUUCUACGGUAAAAGAAACCAAACGCAGAAUGAAGGAGACAGAAAAACCUAGAAGUAACCAGGAGGAGGAGGAAGCAAGAAUAGAAAAGGAAUUGUCUGAUCUCUACAAGGACUCUUCAGAUUACAAAGCGGACAGUGCAGAGGUAACAAAUGACACACAAAGAAUACCGCAGACCAGCACGGUGGGGCAGAACGGGACAGAAGAUGAUGCAUUAAAGCCGGUUGCGAGAGCGAGAGAGGACUUCAAAUUCCAGCCUGAUACCAACAAUAAAGCUGACGUGGAACGAUUCAGAACUUCUAUUGACGUCAUCAGUUGCGAUAAACAGAGGCUUACUGGAGCCCCUGUAACAAUAACACCACUCUCAUCCGUCGGUCAUCAAAUAUUACCCAAUACUGUAUUAGUUAUCUUUUUAAAGAACGUUCUGUACUUCUAAUUUUUAUAUAAAUUAAACAA